AGAGCGGCAGUAGCGGUUUGCUGUGUUGUAAGAUUUUAUGGACGGUCUAGGCUUGAAACGUCAGUUUUCCUGCUCCUAAGAUGCUGCUCGGAUCGCAGUGUUCAUCCGGCUGUACGUCUUGUUACCUUGUCCUGGUGUAAUACUGUUUCCAGACAUUGAUGUCGGCCCGAUGGCAGCAGUUGGAGUGUUGAGCGCACUGCGCAGAUGUGCGGCGCGUGGUAGUUGCUACAGAUUGCUGGGUAUGAGCCUGAUUGGAGGUCAAUGCAGGCAAGUGCAGAGCACUGGCUGUCUAUAUGCAAAGAAGAACUUACUGAAGAAAUUCCUAUCUAAAUCAAAGAAGAAGUGCUGGUAUGAAAGCCGGACACUGGGAUCUCAGUUGCUUUAUAAACCCUCCAGUUUGGACAAUGUACUGAAACCUCAGCGCAAAUUGCAGAAAGAGCACACAAUCCGAAUGAGAGCACUCAACAAUAUUCUUUAUAAAGCAAUCACAGAGCUGUUGGACAGUAAUGAAGUCAGCUCGGAAAUAUAUGAGUAUAAAGUUGAGAUAUCCAAAGUAAUGUUGACUGUGGAUUUUUCAACAUGUCGAGUCUAUUGGGUGGCAAGUGGUUCAGUGGAAAAAGAUGAUCGUGUUCAGCGAGUCUUAGAAAAAUGCUCUUCACAUAUAAGGCAUCUUCUCAUUUCCCGGCAAGUCAUGGGUAGCGUUCCCCCAUUGGUCUUUGUUAAAGACCAACAGCAAUCAGCAAUAGCUGAGGUUGAAAGAUUGUUAGAAAUUGCUGAUUAUGGCUCUGAGGAAGGGACUAUGGAUAUUGAGCAAGCGUGGAACGGAAGGCAUUUUAGACAUGGUCCUCCAGACUCCACUUGGGAGCCUAUUUCACGAGAAUCUACUUCUGCCUCAUCUGAUCUGCCUCCAUCAUCUCCUGAAGUGGAUCAUUUUGGUAUUGACCAUGACUUGCUGAACAGAAAAAUAUUGGAAUAUAAAAAGAAAAUUAGUGAAAGAUCAUCAGAAACAAAUAGUUUUAUGUUAUCGGCACAGCACCAGGAGCAACUGGAUCACUUUAAAAAACUGAAGCAAAUAAAAAAGAAAAAAUCCAAGUAUAAGCUUGAUGAUAUCACACCUGAGAUGUACUUUUUAGAAAAGUCUAAAAUGGACUCUGCAACAGCUGACGGUUUGUCAGAUGGGGAAGAGCAGCUGAAGGAAAUGGAUGAAGAAAUGAUGGAACUUGAAGCAGAGGAAGAUAAUCCAAAAAGUCACUUAAAAUCUCCUAAAGAUGUAUAAUUAUUGAAAUGUGUGGUUGAGGCAUAGCUUUCUCGAUCUCUGCAGAUGGAGAGUAAAUGCUGAGCUGCUGAAUUUUUUUGUAUUUUUAACAAAAUGUAACUUUCCACUCCCCUUGAGUUUCCUUUUUAUGAAAAGCUAAGUACUGUGAAUUUUCAUGAGGGAACCAUUUUUUUGUUACAAACUAUUGUUGUUUUGAUAACUUGAUUAAUAAACAAUGAGUAAUGCUGUUAAUUAAUGAUAUGUAUUGAGGUUAGACCAAAAUUUGAUCCAGAAGAUAUAUGAAAGUCAUGUGGCUUGGUGUAGGAGUAUAAAAGAAGCAUCAAACUUGCCCCAAACCUCAUAAGGCAGCAUACCAAUCAGUCUUUUUUAAUGAUAUAAUGUUCCUGUUUCACCAGAAAUGAUGAGUCCAUGAGUUCAGCCGUCAGUGGAGAUGAUGUUGAGCAACGCCAAGAUUGGGUUAUCGUUUAAUUUAUCUGCACAGCCACUUCAAAUUUCUUUUCCACUGGUGUUUUUUUUGUGUGUUAUUGCUGAAAAUGGUAGUUGAAAUAACCAUUUUUAUUAAUACUUGUUUUUAAAAACUAUAGUUUUUUUCAAAUUUGUAUUCCAAGUUGAAUAAUGUGCCUAUUUUUAUAGCAUUAGACCAUCUACAUUGACUUUGACUUCCAUUUGCGUCUUUACACAAAAAUGCUUCAGCUAUUACUAUGCUGCAUUUCACAAGGCUUUUAUGUUUAACUGCAACUAUAACUCAAAGUAAAACAGAUGGUCCUGAAGCCUAUGAAGUCCUAGUUAAAAAAUCUUAUUUUGGAGAAAUGUUCCUAUGACCUAAGGUUGCCAUGGCAAUGGUAGUCGAGAAAGGACAACUCAAAUAGAAAUCUUUUGAGGUGCUGAGUUAUAGUUUAUAAAUGUCUGUCUCAGAAGCUCAAAACAAAGGAAAUGCUAAAGCCAAGAAGCAGCGAGCAUUAGAACUCUGUGACAGAUCUCUUCUUCUAUAGGAAAUUUUGAGAAGAAAGGUAAAACUGAGGAAAAUAGUUCUUUCACAGCUGACAAAAUCACUUAUGGGAUCAGGCACAGUAAACUCUGGAAUUCUGUGUUUUUGGGACUUUGUGAAUGAAAGUAUAAGUAUGGAGAGAUUCAUCAUGGAGAUUCUUGGCUGCAGUGGAGCAAUUGUUGAACGCUUGAAAAUUUGAUCAGAUGUGGUGGGGAUUGGUAAACCUCUGCAGAGCUAGGAGUCACUUUAAAGCUGUCCCUUUUAAUUACAUUUGCUACUUCCAUAGCAUCGAGUAAAAUAGUUUUAUUAUCUGGUUGCUAGUUGAACUUUAAAGGGUUCGGAAAAGAUUUACAAGGAUGUUGCCAGGGUGUGAGGGUUUGAACUGUAGGGAGAGACUGAAUAGUUUGGAGCUAUUUUCUCUGGUGUGUUGAAGGCUGAGGGGGUGGCCUUAGUGGUUUAUAAAAUCAUGAGGGGCAUGGUUGCCGGUUGAGAAAAACGUACUGUUUUCUUCAGUUUGAGCAGCCUCUUAAUUAAUGUUUGAUCUAUGGUUUUUGUUUGUUGCAGUAAAAGACAUGAAGUGAAAUCUUGUUCACAGCUUUUUGAGGUGGUGAGGUUGUCAACAAACAUGUCACAGGGAAGUGAAUAAGGUUUCAUCCAGUGUUUUUGAUUAAUAGCCUUUUGUCAGAACUGCUGUAAUGGGUCUUUCUGAAUGGAUGAACUAAAAAAGGGGAAAUGGCCUGUGUCAUCUGUAAGUCCCACUCUAUUGCUCACUUUGCUUACCUUUCAAUUUUAUUUGUUUAUGAACCACUGACUUUCUUUUUUUUAAUUAAUUUUAUGAACUCAGCUAUAACAGCCAUCUGUGCCAAAGAAUCCCAUACUUAACUGUCAAGUUCCAGACAUGUUAACAGUUAAACAAGUUAUAAAAAGAACAUCAGUUUGUAUUCUAUCAUCACCUUUUUCAAAUCUAGCAGGAACAUCGUUUCCUAUUCCCAGCUGUUGCACCCAACUCCAAACUCCCAGAAGUCUGAUGCUUUCUUGUACCCCCUACUGAUUUGCUGUACUUAACAAAGGUUAGACCUAAAUUUGAUCCAGUAGAUCCUCUCGUCUAACCUGAUAUGUUCGCUCCUCUCUCCAUCUCACUGAACCAUCUCAGUUGUAGUGAAUCUGUAUCUUUCAUGAAUUGGAAUCAUAUGUCUAUCUAAUGUGAAUGUUGUCAUAUACAUCUUAUUGUUUCUUGUUUGCUUCUGUGGUUAUAUUCCAUUUCUAAAGCCAAACUUUUUUAACUUGAAAUCAUUUUGAAUGGUUAUUAAGGAGAUUGUGCUGCAGGUUUAGAAUCGCACUUUGGCUAAAGCCAUAAAGAUUACAGCAUGAAAAUAAUAAAGCAGCAUUCCAGGGGUCUCUAUUUAAUCAUGUUUCAGAAACAUGCAACUGAAUCAAUGACAUUCUCCAAUUUAUUCAACUCUAAAAUUCACCUUGCUGCCACCAAAAAUUCUGUUUUUGCUUACGGAUCAAGAUCCUUAGCAUUGUCCAUGAAGGUAUGGUUGAAUAAAUUGCAUGCACUUAUGUUAGGUCUGUUAUUAAUGUAUGCAAAUUCAAAUGCACUUAAAAUCUUCGAGUUUUUUUUGUCAGUCAUUUUGAUUAUUUAGUCUCAAUAGUUUCCUAGGUGCGGUGAAAACUACUCCCAUUGAUGUCAAAGUAGAAUUUGACCAGGUUUGACAUUAAGGAACUUGAGCAAAAUUGAAUUUGAUGGUAAUCAUGAAGGGGAGAAAAGCUCUUCAUUGAUUGUAAACAUAAUGAACACAAAGGAAAAUGGUUGUUUGUUGUCAGAUAAUGCACUUAGUUGCAGGAUAUCACAGAGUAAUCUCUAGACUCAAUCAUCUUCAUGUCAUUGUCUUUGUCUUGAUUUCAGUUUAUCAAUAAGAUUUGCAACUCCUCACCACUUGAAGCUGUGUCUGUUUGCAGCAAGAUCUGGAUAUUAUUGAGCUUUGGGCUGAUAUGUAGCAAGUAACAUUCGUGUCACACAAAUGCUAGGAUAUGACCACCUGGAGAGGCUGAGGGGUGACCUUUUAUAGAGGUUUAUAAAAUCAUGAGGGGCAUUAAUAGGGUAAAUAGCCAUGGCCUUUUCCCUAGGAUGGUGGAAUUCAAAACUAGAGGGCAUAGGCUUGAGGGGAGAGGGGAAAGAUUUAAAAGGGUCAUAAAGGGCAACUUUUUCACACAGCGGAUGGUAUGUGUAUUAAACAAGCUGCCUAAGGCUGUGGUGGAGGCUAGUAAAAUUAUGGCAUUUAAAAGGCAUCUGGAUGGAUGCAUGAAUGGAAAGGGUUUAGAGGGGUCUGGGCCAAAUGCUGGCAAAUGGGACUAAAUUUAUUUAGAAUAUCUAAUGGGCAUGGACAAGUUGAACCAAAGGAUCUGUUUCUCUGCUGUGUAUCUCUAUGACUAACAGAUCCUCCUAUGUAUCUUCCCAUGAUAUUUGUGGCAUAACUAUUGCAGAAUUUCCAACUAUCAACAUUCUCUGGCGGUUAUCACUGACUAGAACCUGGACUGAACCAGCCAUAUAAAUACUGAGUCUCUAAGACCAGGUCCAGAGCCUGAGAGCUGUGUUGAGUAACCUGCGUGAAUCUCAAACUGCCGACCAUUUUCAAGCUUGUUGAAGGUUCAUGAUAUAUCAUUAUAAUUUGGAAACUUGCAUUUUGCUAUGGAGAGAAUCAUGUUGACCUUUUAUGUUU